AUAAGGACAGCGCGGCGCGGGGCGCAGCAGCGCCAUGGGGAACCGCGUCACCCGCGAGGACUUCGAGUGGGUCUACACGGAGCAGCCCCACACGCAGCGCAGGAAGGAGAUCCUGGCAAAGUAUCCAGAGAUCAAGACUCUGAUGGGACCAGAUCCAUAUUUAAAGUGGAUUGUAUCUGGAAUGGUUUUCAUGCAGCUGCUGGCAUGCUACUUGGUGAAAGACUUAUCUUGGAAAUGGAUUUUUUUCUGGGCUUAUGCUUUUGGGGGCUGCAUCAACCAUUCCCUGACCCUUGCCAUCCAUGAUAUUUCACACAACGUGGCCUUUGGGAACAAGCAGGCCAAGUGGAACCGAUGGUUCGCAGUCUUUGCCAACCUGCCCAUUGGCAUCCCCUAUUCUGCCUCCUUCAAGAAGUACCACAUUGACCAUCACAGGUACCUGGGAGGGGACAGCUUGGAUGUGGACAUUCCCACAGACUUUGAGGGCUGGUUUUUCUGCACGCCGCUUCGGAAGCUGCUGUGGCUGUUCCUCCAACCUCUGUUCUACAGUCUGAGGCCACUGUAUGUGAACCCCAAAGCAAUCACACGGAUGGAAAUUCUUAAUGCUCUCGUCCAGUUCUCUAUAGACCUCAUCAUUUACUACCUGUGGGGGCUCAAACCUGUUAUUUACUUAAUAGCAGGUACUAUUCUUUGCUUGGGUUUUCAUCCCAUUUCUGGGCACUUCAUAGCAGAACACUACAUGUUCCUAAAAGGGUAUGAGACAUACUCUUAUUAUGGACCUCUGAACUGGCUCACCUUCAAUGUAGGCUACCACAUGGAGCACCAUGACUUCCCCAGCAUUCCUGGAUGCAGAUUGCCUAUGGUGAAGAAGAUUGCAGCAGAAUAUUAUGAUAACCUCCCACAUCACCAGUCCUGGAUUCAAGUUCUGUGGGACUUUGUUUUUGAUGACACGCUUGGUCCUUAUUCAAGGGUUAAGAGACUGUGCAAGCUGGCAAAGGAAAGCUAACGGGGCAGCUCUGCCUGCUGCAGUGGAGUGUGUUUGUUCAUUCCCAUGACAUCAGUUUUCUGCAGAAAUAGAAGGAUCUUUGUAUGCGCUGAAUUAAAGUUGGUGCAUGCUG